GUAUCCAUCCGGUUCGUCUGAUUUUGCCCGUGCCCUUUCAGUUUAAUCUCACGUCUGUCAAACGGCCGUGAAUUCUCGGAAGAUGUAAGACUUUGAAAAGUGGGCAUACGCUAAGGAAAUCGCGUCACGAAUUUGUCGCAUGAUGCGUUUGCGUUCGAAAUAUAUUACGUUCGCCGAUGUUUCGAUAUAUUUGCGGUAACGACGAGGAAGCAUUCGACGGGAAAAGGAGCGAAGUGAUAUUGGACGGUGCGCACAGACAUGGCCACGACGGACGGUAGUACGAUAGAAAACCUACGGAUCGAGAUCGAGAGGCUUUCACGGGAAUUAGAUUUAGCAUCCACGGAACGGUUACAAUCCGCCGAAUACGGUCUUGCUUUGCUCGAGGAGAAAAAGAUCCUAAACAAAAGAUGCACCAAACUCGAAGCCCUCUACGAAAACACGAAACAUGAAUUGGAAAUCACGCAAGAGGCUUUAGCAAAGUUUCAGACAACUACAAAACUGACUACAAAAAGCGGUAUAGAGCAAGAAGAGAGUCUCCUACAUGAAAGUGCUGCGCGAGAAACAUCUCUCCAAACGCAAAUUAUUGAAUUAGAAAAUGAAACGAAGCAAUUGCGUCAUGAAUUGGAGCGUGUGCAAGCGGAACGUGAUCACGCGCUCCAAGAACGAGAAGAAGUUGGAAAGGAUCAUCAGCAAGCAGAGACAGAAAGAAAAUCGUUACAUACUAUGUUACGCGAAUGUAGAUUUCGCGAGGCUCGGCUUCUUCAAGAUUACUCGGAACUGGAAGACGAAAAUAUCUCGUUGCAAAAACAGGUGUCCGGUUUGCGAUCCAGUCAAGUGGAAUUCGAAGGUGCCAAACACGAAAUAAGAAGACUAACAGAAGAGGUGGAACUUCUGAAUAGCCAAGUGGAAGAAUUAGCGAAUUUAAAACACAUUGCUGAGAAGCAAAUGGAAGAGGCGCUCGAGUCUUUGCAGGCUGAACGCGAAGCAAAAUAUGCUCUUAAGAAGGAGCUUGAUCAAAAAAUUAAUAGCGAGUCGAUUUAUAAUCUUAGCAAUCUUGCACUUUCGAUCAGAGGAAUUACGGAGGAUCAAACAAUAUGUAGCGACGGGGAAGACGAUUCCCCGGCAUUACGUAGAAUCGAAGCAGAUUUAAAAACCCAAGAACCGGGCACCUCGGCUACCGACAAGCAAGUCGAUUUGUUUUCUGAAAUCCAUCUGAACGAAUUGAAGAAGCUGGAGAAACAGUUGGAGCUAGCAGAGUCUGAAAAGGCUCACCUCACGCAAAAUUUACGGGAAUCGCAAUACGCGGUUGAAAAAAGUCAAAACGAAUUGCAGUCUUUUGUUGCGCGUAUAGUACAAUUAGCAGCCCAUGUGCAAUCGUUACAUCACCUUCAUUCCAAGUUGCCCGAAAAGCAAACCGACGAGACAACAUUGGAUAAGUUGAACCAAGCUAUUAUGCAGUAUCGACAAUGGAGUACCAUGUCCGCGCGCGAAGUAAAUCAACUUCAAAAGGACUUGGCCGAACUAGAAAAUGGCUUAACCAUAUCCGAUUCGACGCAGCAAUUACGAACAGAGUUAACAAAUCUCCGAAAUAAGAUCCCCGAGUCAGAGAAGAGCCUUCGAGAAAAGCUUUUAGAUACGGAACAAAGAAGCGUACAACUUGAAUCCGAUAUUGCUACUCUCUCGAAACUCGCUGUGGAAGCUGGCGGUUUUCUCGACUCUGCUCAAAACGACUUGCAGAAUAUCUCCGACGAGCUCGCUCAGCUUUAUCAUCACGUUUGUACGGUGAACGGAGAAAUUCCUUCGCGGGUGGUCCUCGAUCACGAAAAGAUCGUUCCCGAAAAGGAAGAAGAAAAUGGAAAGAUAGAGUGGUGUAGAACUUCGUUCAAAACGGACAUUCAGAUUAAGGAUUUAGAAAGUUUGAGCAAAGCGAAAGAAAUUGCGAAGCAUAUAGAAACUGCAAUGGAUCAGAUAAAACAUCUUCGAAUCGCUGUAGAGCAUACAAUUGGACUUUCAAAGAUGAAGGGAAUACAAUCGAACGUUUGUAACGUUUGCGAAGGAUCUGUAAACGACAACAAGGUAGAGAUAACCGACUUACAGGAACAAGUAAUCAAGUUAAAGGCUCUGCUGUCGGCUAAACGCGAGCAAAUCGCUACUUUGAGAACAGUAUUGAAGUCGAAUAAGAAUACAGCGGAAGUGGCACUCACAAACUUAAAGAGCAAAUACGAAAACGAGAAGAGUAUCGUCAACGAAACCAUGUUGAAACUGAGGAACGAGCUUCGAAUGUUGAAAGAAAAUGCUGCAACAUUCUCGAGUCUGCGUGCGAUGUUCGCCGCACGCUGCGAAGAAUACGUAACUCAAGUCGAUGAACUCCAACGUCAGCUAGCGGUAGCGGAAGACGACAGGAAAACGUUGAAUCAGCUUCUGCGGCUCGCCGUGCAACAAAAGCUCGGCCUGACGAUGAAACUGGAGGAACUGGAAGUCGAUCGAGAGUUACGGAACACCCGAAGACACGCCACCAGCGCGAACGGACGAGGUAGAGUGCGAUUGUCCCAACAGACGAACCGUUCUCAUUUAGGCAGAGAUUUCUUCUAGAAAAUGAUUAAGAUGUGGAGCAAGAUAUUCUGAGAAAAACGAGGAUUUUGAACUUUUCAAUAUUUUUUACUGCUCGUUGUCAAACUACGCGAUUAGAAAACACUUAGAGAACGAUCUAGCGUUACGCGUGUUUGUUUGAAAUUCUUUUUGUCGGGUAUAUUCGUAACGUAGAAUAGAAAGCGGAUCGAACUGGAUAUUUUUACAAAAUUCGGACAAGACAACCAGCAGUUUCGUACGAAGAAAGACAGACGUUGUCCUCGUUGGGAAAAUGAAACAUUUUCUAUCAUUAAAAUGUUCAUAUUUUCUUGCGUCGAUGUUGCUCCAUGUCGUAGAGGUUUUUUUAGAAAGCUCUGCCUUCUCUGUUACCAAUGUUGUUAGUAAAGAUGCCUGACAAGCAUAGAAUGCGUUUUCCGUUUGUAAGAUUUUUUAUUUCGAGCAGUUGACAACACGGGAUUACAGCGAGAAAAAAGAAACAUUCUGUGCUCAAAGAUUUAUUUACACGGGAUUAUUUAAAUAAUUCUAUUAUUCUGUUCAAUUACUCUUUCUUGUUAAGAAAGAUACGUUAAUUGUAUAUGUGUUUAUUUCUACGUUUUAACAGUCAUAUCCUUUCGUAGCGAGGAUUUACACUUUUCAGUACGAUGUCCAGUAUCAUUGUAACCACAUAGAGAAUAUUCUGCAUGGUUGGCUCGUAUGGUUAUAAUAAUUGUAUAAGAUCGAUGCAAGUUUUUUGCAUCAACGAGGAUGCAUGAUUAAAUGAACGUAUACUGGUUUUAGGUAGCCGAACAUGAGAAAUAAGAAUUUUACAUUGCAUACCAUAGGGACAAUAUUAUUGUGCUCGACAGUAGCGUUUAUAAUCAAAGUAGAAUGGAACACCGUAGACGUGUAGAUUUGACGAGUACAGAGUAGCAGAAGUAACAGAACUUAGGGACCCAUUCUCCAAGUAGUUUCUCAAAGAUGAAUAACAUCGUCUGAUAACGAAAAAAAGCAAAAAAAAAAAAACAUAUAUAUUGUUUCAUCGUCUACAAAUAUUCCUAUUUUUUAUUCAGGCACGUUUUUCAGUUUUGUUUUUUUUGGUACAUGGCAUUUCAACUACUUUUUCAGUCGAGAUAGAAUUUUUCAUUAUCGCGUAACUUGGCCUAAAUAGGCUUUAAUUGAAUUUUAUUAAAUUUUUGGCAGCUUUUUAUUAUAUUUGUAAGGAAGGUAUCCUUAGUCUGUUUGAAUGUGGCGCGUGGAGUAGUAUGUCGCGAUCUCCGUACGUGGCGCUAGAGUGACGAGUCGAGGGUAAAUGCGACAUUUAUUUGAAAGAGUGAUUAGUGUACAAGAAGGGUGCGAAUAAGAACAUUGAUUGUUGUUUUAUAAUGUAUUAUUUAUCGGUAGGUUGGUGGUGUAAAAUAAGUAGAAGUGUUUCUCUGUAAAAACAAAGACUUUUAUUAAAUUCAACGCAAUGCAAUAUGACUACUUAAUGAAUUGACAGUCAAUUCUACCUGUAAAAACAAAGAAACAAGAUUCAAUGUUCUUAUUCACACCCUUCUUGUACACUAAUCGCUCUUUCAAAUAAAUGUCGCAUUUACUAGCGCCACCUAUGGAGAUCGCGCCACAUUCAAACAGACCAAGGAUGCCUUCUUUACAUAUUUAUAGUUAUUAACGCUAAUACGGCAUUCAACGUAGAUUUAUUAAUGUAUUUUUAGUCGUUAUUAAUUUAUACUUCUAUUUAUAUCUAUUUUAACAAUUUGUUUUAUUAAUACCAGUAGCUAUUGCUUUUAAUAUCGACCAAUGCAUAAUUUUAACCGAUCUCGUUUUGUAAGAUUUGGUGCAGCUAGUAAAAAAGUGUGCAAAAAAAAAAAGCAUCAAUCAUCGAUUGUAAUCGGAAAUGGCUGUAUAUCGUUCACGGAUAUACGCCACUUUCUACUUCCGUCUUUGACACCCGAUGCGCCCGUUGUUUUGUACAUUUCUUGUUAUCAUCGAGUUAAUUUCACUGUUCCUCUCUGCAUAUACUUUUUUUCAUUUCGUUCUGUCGAUGCAGAAUGUCACGAAGACGAGUACAUGAAGAGAAAGAAAAUGGAGAGUGUGAAACGGCGUGCGACGUUCAUUUGUACACCACAAAUAAGAAUGACUUAAAAAUAAUUUUAUACGCAUCCAACGUCUGCGAAAUUUACUAACAGAUUUAAUUAAUUAGGCUUUCAUAAACAUUAUGCAGGAUAUUUAAAAGAUAAUUUCGUAUAAAAUAUUCUUGCUGAAAGAUAUUACUAAACUAAUUUUCUAUUUGUAUAUUUAUUAUACAUAUAUUAGAUACACUUUACUUUUGGCGAAUCUACGCUUUUAUGAGACUAAUAUUUAUUUCGCUGAUUCAUGGUGAAAUUUUUAUACAAUACAAAGUAUAUCCUGCAUGUGUACGUGACAAUGUACGGUUAUCGUAAACCGUUUUUAAUUAAAUUUGUUACUAGCACUAUUAGUAUUAUUAUCUUUAUUAUUAUCUUACAAUACUACAAUUGUAUAUUUAUUAUUGCGAUAUUGCUGCCAGCUUCAUCGCGGAAUUCAUAUGAGUACCUAAAGAGAAUUUAUCGAUCGUUCAUUGACUGUCAAUUGAUUGGUUAAUUGUCGCUAUUAUUAUAUUUAUACCAUAUAGUUAUUCCGCCUGUGUCUACGAUGCUGAUCGGAAUCAGAGAUUGCGGCUUCCAAUUUCGUUGCUCUUCAGCGAGCAUUACUCAACGAUAAAAUACGAUAAAAUGAAAGUUGGAUAGUUUCUGAAUUUGUGACGUGUUCGUUCGAUUAGAUUUUGCACGGUAGACACGGGUGGUUCUAAUUUGUGUCCAUAAACCGAGCCAGUCUCAAACCACCGUCCCUUCCCUGCCCCCCCCACGCUACUGCCAGGAACGAGCCAAAGAAGAAAUUCUUUCGUUUAUCGAUCACUCUCUUCAACGCCAUUAGUUAAUAUUCUUCUUCUGACUUCGUCCUUGAUGUAAAGAAAUUCGUCCUCAACUUUUUGCCUUGCCGUCCGCGCUGUUCAAUGGCGACUCGAAACGCCGUUCGUUUCGACGAUAAAACGCGAAUCACAACAUGUAUAUUGUAAAAUAUUUAGCCAUUGCGGCCCCCACCUCCGCCUCGUCGCGAUAUCAGUGUUCCGCUUUCUUAAAAGUCACCCUCGAAAAAAGUAAACGAAUCAAGUAUUUAGAAAGAAUAUUCUUUUCCUAAGUAUUGAUUUAAGUGUCGUGACCAGUCGAUAGUUAAAGACAGGUGUGGACCAUGGUGGGGUGAAACUUCAAAGUACGGGCGUCUUUGAACACAACGAUUAUACAUAUUUUAGCGUACGUUUUCCACGAACGAACGAAAUUCAGUCGCCAAAGCGCAAACCUGUAAAUUACUUCUGCCAAAGACAUUCUGUCCUUUCGAGGGAUCUAUCCUUCACACACUUGACGUCCUUCGUAAAGUUCCUUGGCGCGAUUACGUAUCGUCGAUGACUCUUCGUAGACGUUGCUCCGUUCAAUUCUCUGAAAGGGGAUCCGUCGAAUAUAUCCUUUCUUUCACAAAUAGCGCUAUUCGAAACGAAGAAUCGGCCGUGUUGUUAUUUCGAAGGAGAAGAUAAUUAAAUCUCGAGACUCCUUUCUGUCCAUGAAUGUUUCUUCUCUGCUUCUUUAGACCCGGCGCGUGACACGUUCGCGGUUGAAA